CCUUUAAGAGGCGGCGGCGCGGUGAUGCGGCGCUUGGGGCGGGACCAAGCGGGGAUUGGAAGAGAAAGGGGAGGACGGAAGUCCCGCAAGACGGAGGCAGGCAGUCUCGACUAUUUCCAGAACAAACAUUUUUGUUAAGAUGGACUCAGUCAAUGAUCUGGAAAGGGUCUGCACUCAGAACACAUUGCUACUUCCAGACCUGCCCCUUGGGCCACUCUGUGCCUACCGGAAGAAAGCAUCCUUUAGUUGGAAGGAGAUGGCACUAUUUCUAGAGGAGGAAGAGCUCAUCCAUUUUAAGCACAGAAUAUUCUCAACUCUCGAAAAUGAUCCUCUCUUUGCCCGUCUCCCUGGACAAGAAAUAUCCCUUGAGAAAUACCGUGAGCUAACAUUCCUUCGCUGUAGGAGACUUUUCGAAUAUGAUUUUCUAAGGCUGGAAGAGAUGAUGGAGAAACCAUUAAAAUUCAUGGUGCUGGUUACUUGUCUGGGGAUGUAUGAUUGGUCUCUUGCAGCUAAAUAUUUGCUAAACUUCCAGGUGUUUAAAGGUACAAUUCAAAGUGCAGGCUCUGAAAGACAUGGUGAAUUUAUAAAACAGAAUGAAAAUAUGGAGAAUUUUGGAUGUUUUGCUCUAACUGAAGUAAGCCAUGGUAGCAACACAAAGAAUAUACGGACUAGUGCUAGAUAUGACCCAGCUACACAGGAAUUUGUUAUUCACUCACCUGAUUUUGAAGCUGCCAAGUUUUGGGUUGGCAACAUGGGGAAGAAUGCAACGCAUGCAGUUGUUUAUGCUCAGUUGUAUACUCCAGAUGGGCAGUGUCAUGGAUUGCAUUCCUUUGUUGUACAGAUUCGAGACCCAAAAACACUUCUUCCUAUGCCUGGAGUGCUAGUUGGUGAUAUAGGAAGGAAACUCGGACAGAAUGGUUUAGAUAAUGGGUUUGCCAUGUUUCACAAUGUCAGGAUACCAAAAGAGAAUUUGCUGAACCAAACUGGAGAUGUCACAGCUGAGGGAGUAUAUAUAAGGGCAUUCAAGGAUCGCAAGCAACAUUUAGGAGCUUCCCUUGGUGCUUUAUCCAAUGGAAGGGUUAUAAUCAUAGCCAUGUCUGUGAUCAAUUUAAAGCUUGCCAUAUCAAUAGCAAUUCGCUUCUCAGCUACCCGCUGCCAGUUUGGACCAACAGAAGAUAAAGAAAUACCAGUUCUUGAAUAUCAAAUGCAGCAAUGGCGUUUGCUUCCUUAUUUAGCAGCCACAUAUGUCUUAGACCAUUUCUCUAGAACGUUGUUCAUGAACAACCUGGAAUUCCACAUAGGUGUACUAAUGAAGGACAAAAGUCCACAACAGGCUGAACUUGGACGUGAGAUACAUGCUCUUACUACUUCAGGCAAACCACUGUCUUCCUGGCUUGCACAACAAGGAUCUCAAGAAUGUCGUGAAGCCUGUGGGGGACAUGGCUAUCUGGCCAUGAAUCGACUGGGCGAUAUCCGUGAUGACAAUGACCCAAACUGCACCUAUGAAGGUGACAAUAAUGUUCUGCUACAGCAAACCAGUAACUAUUUACUGAGCUGGAUGAACACUGAUCGCCGAGACAAAGGUCCUAUUAUAUCACCACUGGGAUCAGUAGAUUUUUUGGAAGACUAUGACCAUAUUCUUUGUCAAAAAUUUGCAGCAUCAAAUGUUCAAGACUGCAUGGAUUCUUCAGUAUCUUUAAGAGCAUACAAGUGGCUAGUUUGUUACUUGCUCCGAGAGAGUAUACAAAAGCUGAAUAAGCUGGCAGAAUGUGGUUAUAGUGAAUUCGAGGCAAGGAACAAUAGCCAGGUGUACUUCUGUCGUUCUUUAGCCAUAGCUUUCAUUGAACACACUGUUUUGCAACGAUAUUAUGAAUAUGUUCACAGUUCCAGCACUCCAGGUAGCCUUCAGCCAGUCCUGAAGCAUGUCUGUUCAUUGUAUGGAUUGUGGUCUUUAAAUAAGCACAUGGCUGUGCUCUACCAAGGUGGCUACAUUUCACGUGAAAAUGCUGGUCAAGUCAUGCAAGAUGCAAUUCUAGAGCUUUGUUCAAAGCUGAAGCAAGAGGCUGUGGCUUUGGUGGACGUUAUCGCUCCUCCUGACUUCAUUCUCAACUCACCAAUUGCCAGGGCUGAUGGAGAGCUUUACAAAAAUCUGUGGAAUGCAGUUCUUCAAGGUGAGAAGGUGUUGGAGAGACCAUCCUGGUGGACAGAAUUUUGUUGUAAUAAACCUGUUGUGGGGAGGCUGAGGUCAAGAAUGUAAAUGGAACAUUAUAUUUGAGUAGCCCAGGAAUUAUUACUAACUUUAAUCUAAUGAGCUUGAAGGAUCAUGUUAAAUUAAUCUCUGUGAAAUAAAUGUUAAGAGGCACAGGGCUUUGAAUAUACAUUUAAGCCCUAUUCCAUGGCUGAUAUAAGUGCUUCCCCAUGUCAUUAACUCAAGACUUAGAGAAAUGAAGUCUCACAAAGCUGCAAUGCUGCACAGAGAUUGAAGUGGUUGAAUAUUACUUCUUUGUCCAUUAUGAUACUAAAGACUGAAAUCCAGGGUGGGGGUUAUGACAAUUAACUCCUAAUAUGCAAAUCCUUUAAGCAUAUUGAAAGAAACUUAUGCCCACCUGCAGUCAGCCAGCUAAUAUGAAUCUUUCUAGUUCUAUUCGAAUCAAUGAAGACUGUAAUUAGAAACACUGUGCCAAUGUGUUUGGCCUACAGAGUCAGCAUAAAUGCUCUGUUCUUUAAGUGGAAAAAAAUAGAGAGAUUUUUGACUUCCAUGAAUUGUGGGUAUUGUUUAAUUUAUGCUUUAACUGAUGUUAAUGAAAAUGUGUUUUUAAUCCUCUCAAGUUUUUUGCAUUGUACUUUCACAAAUUUUAAGUGUGAGCAAGUGCCUAAAGCAGCUGCUUUCAGAAUACCCAGCUUAAUACCUGUUCAGUAUAAAUAUAUGUUGAUUAAAGUUCUUCCAUAUUUUUGGACAGUGA